AUCGGGGCUGCUGCUCGGCUGACACGUAACUAGAAUUAAAGGUACUUCGGGGGGCCUCGUCCUGGACUUUGGAAUUUUUAAAGAACAUUUUUUUAAAAACAAGUUUCAUCUGAUUUGCACUGGAAACACUCAGGUCUGUAAGAGGAGGGAAGGAGGCGAAUGAGAACCGUCAGUAUUGUUUUUCAAAACAAGACCUGAAGUCAAACAACUUAAAAAAAAAAGGUACAAGCGGCUACUUUGAAGUCGCAGCGGAGACUGACUGAGGCUACGAUAAAAAUAAUAAUAAUAAUAAUUUAAAAAUAUGCACACGAAAGAGGACAUUCGCCCGUAGCUUUAGCUUUGGAAAUGCUCAGAGAGUGAGGGGAGGAGUGUAAAGAAAAAAAGUAGAGUCAGGAAGUUUCCAGCGGCGGAGACGGGGCUUUCUCGCUCCGACACCGCGGAGGGCUGCGGCUCCAACAUGGGAAACGGGGUGUGCUCCCGCAGGCAGCGGAGGAUCUUCCAGGUCCUGCUGCUGGUCACCGUGGUCUGYGGGAUGAUGUACGGGGGGAUGGUGUCCUAUGAGACCCACAAACAGCUGAAGAGGACCGAGGCGAUGGCACUGAAGUAUCAGCAGCACCAGGAGUCCCUCUCGGCUCAGCUCCAAGUGGUGUAUGAGCAUCGCUCCCGGUUGGAGAAGUCUCUUCAGAAGGAGAGGUUAGAGCAUAAAAAGGCCAAAGAAGAUUAUUUGGUUUAUAAAAUGGAGUCCCAACAAUCGCUAAACAAGGAGAAGCAAGAUGCGAACAGCAGAUACAACUCUUUACAAGUGCAGCAUCAGAUGUUAAAGAAUCAGCACGACGACUUGAAGAGRCAGUACUACGACCUGCAGGAGCAGCACCAGGUGCAGGGCGAGGACCACGGCCGGCUGCUGGACGAGCACAGGGAGCGCUACAGUAAACUGCAGCAAGCCAAAGACACGGAAAUCUCCCAACUCAACGAGCAUGUCCAUAACCUGAGAGAGGAAAAUAAGAAGUUGAGGGAAGCUCACCAUGACAUUCACUCCAAGCUACAGGAUGCACAGAUCAAGCAUCAGGACCUGAAGGUAGCCCAUGACCAGCUCGCACUGACACUAGAGGACCACAAGAGUGCGCUGGCUGUCGCUCAGGCACAGGUGGAUCAGUACAAGAAGAUGGAGAAGACUCUAAACGAGGUACGACCUGAGCAAAACCGUGGUGACCAGCAGCUACCGAUAGUGACCGUACCGCUUGUGUCCCACGCCCACGAAUCCCAGCAGACUGCCCUCUCUGAACAGACUCACAAAGAGAAGYCUGUUGAGGAAGAUGAUCGAGCUCCCUGGGACACCAGGUCGAAGUUGGACCAUCAGGAGGAGGAGGCCCACAUCCAGUCUGACGUCAAGUCUCACCCCAUCCUGUCCCAGCCCGCCUUCUCUGAGAGAGAGGAGGAUGGCGAGGGGGAGGCAGAAAGGAAGAGGGAGCUAGCAGAGGAGGAGAUGGCUCAAGCAGGGCAGCCUCAGAGGCUGGAGGAGGACCUGGACCAGCCUCCGGAUGAGCAGCUGGAGGAGGAGGAGCAGCGGCUCGACGAGAACGCCUUGGACCUGCAGAGACGUCAACCACAGCUAGAAACGCACGAGGAGGCGCACCGGGAGGCCCAGCUGCAGCACCAGGAACCAGCCCAGGUGCGCCACGUGAAGUCGGCCUACGAGCAGCAGCAGGAGCAGCAGCACCUGGCGGCUCGGAGGGCCGAGGAGCGCCGGCAGAUCCAGGUGCGACAGGAAGCUCUGCAGGCCCAGAGAGACAAGGUCCAGAGGGAGAGGGAGCAGAGGCUGAAGGAGGAGCAACAGAGGGAGGAGCAGCAACACAAGGAGGCUGACAGAAGAGAGCAGCUGCUGAGGGAGGAGCACCAGAGAAAGAGGACAGAGUACGAGAACAUGGACAACGAUGGUCAAAGAGAAGAUGAUCAUCACGCUACCAAAGAGGAAGUGAGAGGCGUUCACAUGUUACACAACGAUGAAGAGGAGGAGAAGCACGAAGCAGAUCACCGGGUGCCACCACAUCAGGUUGUGGACGGCGAGGUGGAUCCUGAGGACGACCCCAACAACCAGGGAGAGGACGAGUUUGAGGAGGCAGAGGACGAGCGUCCGGCACACAGGGUCGCCGAAGAGGAGGAAGAAGGGCCCGAAGAGGAAGAGGAGCCGGCAGCGCCUGCCCAGCACGUCGACAGUCACCUGAGACCCGCACAGCCCGAUGUAGAGGAGGAGCUGGUGAUGGCUGGAAACCCAGAUCAACAGGAAGACACACUGGAUGACCAGUACCAGGAAGAGGAUGAGGCCCAGGAGGACAUAGGUGGUGGUCAGAAAAGAGAAGAGCAGGAUGGAGUAGAAGAAGAUCCAUACAAUGAAGAGAAUGCAGAACAGAACGAUGGGAAAACCCAGGAGGGACCACGAAAGGAGGGAAUCCACCGAAAUGGAGCAAAGGAAAACGAGGAGGAGAACUACGAGGAGGAGGAGGAGGAAGAGGACACAGCUGGUGGAGAUAAAAGGACCAAUCGGAGGGCAGAAAUGUAGGACGAGCAUUAAGUUUGGCUGCCAGUUCGGCUAAUCAGGUCUGUCCUUUCAAAAGGAAGAAAACCAGCAGAACACUACAAGAAAACCUGCCAACUUUGCCUGAAAGAUGGGAAUUAAAACACCACUCUGGAAACAAUCUUUAGGCCUUAAAUGGCUCCAAACUAUUUACUUUUUUUUUGUUUUUAUCUACAUUCCUGUCUACUGUCACAUUUGCCUAAAUAUUCAUCUGGUUCAGAGAUUGUGUUUUUGUUCUACAUGCCAUCUUGAAGUGUGUAUAAAAGGAGCAGAUAAGUUUUUUUAUUCUAAUUCUGUCCUCGUGUUCAGGCCUUGUUUGGCUUUAUGCAAAAAGGUUGUAUUUUAUAUUAAAUUCAAAUCAGUCAUGACAUUUUUUUUGAAAAAUUGUUAUUUAUUACUGAUUGAUACAACUCUGACAAUCAUAAAAGGUGACGCACCAUUUUUUUUUUCCGUUCCUGAUGGAUGCAGUUUGACACGGUGACUUYAACCAGCUUUUUGAGGCGGACUCGUUGGCGCGUUCUCACAGGAUAUUUCUGCAAAAUGCCAAUCAAAGAGACAUUUCUGCUGAAGCCUGUAAGUGCUGAGCGUCACGCUGACAUGUGCCUUUUUAUUCAUGGAGACUUCCUGUCUGUCCCAGGCGUUCGCUAUUCAGAGAGAGAAUUUGGAUACAGCAGAGGAGAGACGAGCCGAGGCCUGUUUCCAUUCAGCUGCUGGUGGGAAUGACAUCCACAAAUCAAAUACAGUUUACUGCAGCAACCUUUUAACCUACUGUAUAAUGUAAAGUAAAAAUAUUUGUAAAUUUGUACACCUGUUAUAUUUGAUACAAAAUGAGGGAUUCUUACUGUGUUUUAAAAAUGUUCAGUGUUUGGAAUAAAAAGAGUAAAGCUUUUAAA